AUGACAGAUUUGGGGGAGAUGACAUACUUCCUUGGUAUGGAGAUUGUUCAGUCCAACAAUGAAAUUUUUGUGUGCCAAGAAAAGUACGCAAAUGAGGUACUCAUAAAGUUUGGCAUGGAAAAUUCCAAACCUGCAGACACUCCACUAGUUCCUAAUUUGAAGUUGAGUAAGAAUGAUGGUGAACUGAGUGUGGAUGAAGGAUUGUUCAAAAGUCUGGUUGGAUGCUUGCUGGCAGCCAAGAGAGUGUUAAGAUAUGUGAAAGGGACCUCCAGGCUUGGCAUUUGGUACAAAAGGUCUGAAAAUCUGGUCUUGUUAGGCUAUACUGACAGUGAUUGGGGAGGGUCACUUGAUGACAUGAAAAGCACCUCAGGUUAUGUGUUCUACAUCAAAUCUGGUGCAAUUAGCUGGCUAUCAAAGAAGCAGGAUACUGUGGCAUAA